AUGUGGAGUCUAACAGCCGAAAGGGUGGAGGAGUUGAAGCGACAACUGCGCGAUAAGGAAGUGGAAUUGGAGGGUCUGCGGCAAACAGAUAUUCGGACUCUGUGGCUCAAAGACUUGGAUGCUCUUCUAGAAGCUAUAGAGAAGCAGGACGCGGCUGACAUGAAACAGAGAGAAGCAGACUUGGCCUUCCAUAGGCAGAUGGAAAGCAAGAAGGGUCUUAAGGGCUUCUCAGCUCUUAAGGGAAAAUCUAAAGCUGCCAAAGGCGGCGCCCCCAAAGCUGCGCCUAAAGUGGGAAGUGCCAAGUCGACAUCUAAGGCUCGCAAAAAGGCACAGUCAAGCUCAGAAGAGUCCGUGAGCUCGUCAGAGGAUACCGAUGGAUCUACCGAUGAACUGAGUCUAGCCGACGACACAUCUGAAGACGAUCGGCCUUCGAAGAAGCGUCCAAGACCACAAAAGAAAACAAACGGAGUGAAGCCCCACGAGGAGUCCUCAAGCAAUACGCAUCCCACCUCGACCAGCACCGACGCUCAGGGACUGCCGCCUUUCUUAGCUUCACAGGAAACCCCCAAGGCAUCGACCGACAAGGAAGAAAAACGUGCAGAACCUCCAAAAGCUCCACCUAUCCAGUCGCUCUCCCUUCUCGAUCGUCUGCGACUUGGGGGAAGCAGUUCCUUUUCUUCCUUAGCUCCCGUCCGCACCAAGCAGCUAACGCUAGACGAGAUCUUUGCUCCCGCCAGCAGCAGCGCAGCUAAGCCCUCCGAAGCAUCAACAUCUUCGCAAGCUGCCCCCUCGAAGGCUUCAGACGUUUCGACAGGGUCUGCAGCGCCAAGAACCGCAACUGGUGAUUCUGCAGAACAAUCUAAAGACUCUGAUCCGGAGUCAGCAAUCACGAGAACCCCCCCAAAACCGAAACGACGGAGAGUGCUGGCGGACUCUGAUGAUUCAGACUCACCCACAAAGUCUGCCAAUAGAUCCAAGGCUUCCACCCCGAAGAGGUCAGCUCCGUCGACACCACAGAAGCCAAAGCCUCGUGGAACGCCUAAGAAACGCAAACCUAAAAGCGACGAUGACGAGUCCGAUUCAUCGAGGGGUGGAGAUCCGGGUAUAGAAGAAUCCCCCAUUGCAUCAAACAGGCCCCGCCGAGCAGCGGCGCAGGCGCCCAAGAAAUAUACCGUCGACUCUUCAGACUCGAGCGAGGGGGAAAGUGAAGCUUCUGAAGAGGCUUCUGAAGAGUCUUCAGAAGCGGAAGUUAUUUCUGAAGACGACGAUUAG